CCGGGUCCUCCUGGUGCCCCUCCUCCGGCCCUGUGUUUUCCGCAGCAGGUCCAGCGCAAAGGUUUAGCUGUGGCUCCCCAAGCAGCCUGCCCCUAUAAGAUGCUGAGAUGAAAUCACAUGACCAGGAACAGAGGCACAGAUAAGCUAUGAAUGGAGGAAUAUGGCUCUGUGGCGUCCACACCAGACUCAACGCCUCCAUGCACGGAUGGCGGAAAUGAGGAGUCUGAGACGUGCGAGCUGCAAACAGCCAGGGAGUGGUCUGACGAUGAGGAGGAGGGCGAUGGAGAUCCAGAUGAUGAUGAGUUACUGGCUUCAUCCCCGUCCAUCUGGGGCACGCCUCGACAGAGCUCCUUAGAGCUGACCUUCUCAUACAUCGCCAUCGCUGAGGCCGAAGCAGUCGGAUCCUCAAGACACCUCCGGGACAGACGCAGGGGCAGCUCUCGGGGGAGUCGCACUACUUUUAUCCGCACGGACACCCUGGAAACAUUAUUGGACUCGGCCGAUGUAGACUGGGACCCUCAAGCCUUCCUCAGCCGAGAGGACGAAUCAGAAAGCAGAGAGCAGGAGAGGGUGGAGGAGAGGACGGCAACCGCAGCUGUGAGCAGUGAGCAGCACAGACCUACUGAGACUAUUACAAUCCAACCCUUGCCCCAAAGUCUGGAUCCAGAAACUCAGGGUGGAGACGCAGAAAUGCAAAGUCAGGAGUCUCUGAGAAGUCUGACCCAGAUUGCCCAGGAUACCCUGUCUUCCCAACAUCAGAGCCCCUCACAGAUACUUCAUGCAUCGGCCUCUCCGUCCCCCGAGCCAGAGUCUCCCGUCACCAGGGAAACCAUUUCAGUCAAGCUGCUCACAUCUGUGCGACCCAGAGGCCCGGCAUCCUCGUCGCCAGCUGCCAUUGGUCGAAACUCUCAGGAACAGCUGGUCAGCGAUCACUGGUUUUCAGCAUUUAACCUAUUGAAGGACCCGACAGUAUGCACUCACAUAGCAGUGAUGGACCUGAUCUUCUGGAAGGACACGGAGCGAACAGGCAUGAUCCUGACAGGGUUAGUGGUCGGCCUGCUGUCCCUGUUCCAGCUCAGCAUCAUCACGGUGCUCUCCACAGCCUCCAUGGCUGUCAUUUGCUUCACUAUCUCAGUGCGCAUCUACUAUCAAGUCCUCCACAUCCUCAACUGGGGCGAUGGAGAGCAUCCCUUCAAGUCAUACUUGGACAUGGACAUCAGUUUCAGUGGAGAGGAGGCUGACCUCUACAUGCAGAAAGCCAUCGUCUUGGCUAUGUCUGCUGCUGACUCUCUGAAGGGACUCUUUUUUGUUGGAAACCUCUUGGAGUCCAUCAAGUUCUUGGUUCUGAUUUACCUUGUGACGUACCUGGGAGAGCUGUGCAAUGGCCUUACUCUGCUCAUCAUCAGUGUGAUUGCACUUUUUUCUCUGCCACUUUUCUACAGACAACGCCAGGAGCAGGUGGACCUCUUCAUUGCAAAAAUCCAGGCCAACAUUGACAGCGUCAAGGACACCUUUCAAAGACUCGCCCAGGGUGGUGGCCCUCCUCCUGACCCAACUCCCGGUGGCGCGAAACCUAAAACCCAGUAAUCAUUGAUGGACAAGAACUUGAAGAAAAGCUCCCAGAGUUGCAGGCUGUCACUAAGAUGUCUUACCCAGCAGAACAGAGCUCCAGAGACUGGGGAAGGGAAGGGAGGUUACUUAAACAGACAAUGAUGAGGAUCACACAUUUAUACUCUCACUGUAUCAAAGUGAUGGGGGUUUGGAGGUUGGGGUUUGGGUUAUAAGUUAAUCAAGGUGUAUGACUCCUGGAUGAGACUCUUGCUGCUGAUGUCAGAAAUGGAAAGAUUAAACGACACUGAUUGUCGUAUGUGACCAUCCUUGCAAAUAUUCACUGUUUUUAAUAUGUAAAAAUGACUCAAGAAGUGUCUUAGAUGGUUGAGAGCUGUAGUCCAAAUGAGGUACCAAUACCAGGAAUGGGAAGUUCCCUCACAGCUACUCACCUGAGAAAAAAGGGAAGUGAGUUGUUAAGGAGAUAAACAGGGGGUCAUCAUUAUUCAUGGCAGCAUAAAACUGGCAAUUAAAGAUGCAUGUGUCAGCACAUGUACAUUUUUUUCACGUGCAUAUUCAUUCUCAUGACUGUUUCUCUGUGUGUAUGCAAGUGUGUGUGUGUGUGUGUGUGUGUGUGUGUGUGCACGCACAAGUGUAAUUCCUGACGUAUACAGCUUGCUGAAAUGAAAAUGACAAUUACAAGCAAUUAAAGUCCCAUUUCUUCUUUAUUUUCCUGAGCUUUCUGUUUCAUCUCACCGGCAUUCACGUUCAUUCACACGAUCGUUUUUUUCUUCUUCUUUUUCCCCCGGUCAUGUUUUCUCAUGUUUCUUUCUUACACCACUGAGAAGUUGUAACAAAAAAUUCAGAGGGAUAGAGGUAGAGUACUCUGCUACAAUUCAAUAAUUAGGAUGUAUAAUAGAUGAAAGGGAAGCACUUGAGAGGAAGUUGCCCAUUGAUGUAGCAUCCGAAGUACCUAAGGUGUCAGUGUUGAUUUUAGGAUCUGAUGGAUUGAUGAUACAAAAUGCGCUCAUGUUUCCGACAGAUAUCCUCUCAGAGCUCUUAAUGUGAUUUUGUCAUGCCUUGUAAAGGAAUGUGGGAGUGAAAUACAGCAGGUGCCUUUUUCUAACUGCAGGUUAUUGUGCAUGAUCUGAUUCACAGUACUUACAACUGCUAACGACAGCUUACACAGUCUUCUCCUCCCAAACAAAACACUUCUCAUCACCUGA